GCCGGGUCGCCUCAAGUCCCACGCCCCCCCCCCCCCACUUCCUUUCUUCCCUCCUCCUCCCUUUCCUCCUCCUCUUCCUCCCUGUUCCUCCUCCUCCUCCCCCCUCCCCCGCGCUCGCGCUCUCCCUCCCUCCCCGCUCACUCGCGCGCUCCCGGCCCCGCGCGCUCCGGGCCCUGAGUUUCUCUCGGCUCCUGCCUGUGAGGUGACUGCGCUGGGAAAUAUGGCGACCGAGGGAAUGAUCCUCACCAACCACGACCACCAAAUCCGCGUCGGGGUCCUCACAGUGAGUGACAGCUGCUUUCGGAACCUUGCCGAAGACCGAAGUGGGAUAAACCUCAAAGACCUGGUCCAAGAUCCUUCCCUGUUGGGUGGGACUAUAUCGGCUUACAAGAUAGUACCAGAUGAAAUAGAAGAAAUCAAGGAAACACUGAUAGAUUGGUGUGAUGAAAAGGAACUUAAUUUGAUUUUAACAACCGGAGGAACUGGAUUUGCACCACGAGAUGUCACUCCAGAGGCUACAAAAGAAGUAAUAGAACGGGAAGCUCCAGGGAUGGCCCUUGCAAUGCUGAUGGGAUCACUUAAUGUUACACCUCUGGGCAUGCUAUCUAGACCUGUAUGUGGAAUCAGAGGGAAAACGCUCAUAAUUAACCUGCCAGGUAGCAAGAAAGGGUCCCAGGAAUGUUUUCAGUUUAUACUGCCAGCCCUACCUCACGCCAUUGACCUUUUACGUGAUGCCAUUGUAAAAGUAAAAGAGGUGCAUGAUGAACUUGAAGAUUUGCCUUCUCCACCACCUCCUCUUUCCCCUCCUCCUACUACUAGCCCCCACAAACAGACAGAAGACAAAGGGGUUCAGUGUGAAGAAGAGGAAGAAGAGAAGAAAGACAGUGGCGUGGCUUCAACAGAAGACAGUUCCUCAUCACAUAUAACAGCAGCAGCAAUUGCAGCCAAGAUUCCAGAUUCCAUCAUUUCCCGUGGUGUUCAGGUGCUCCCACGAGAUACCGCCUCCCUCAGCACUACCCCUUCAGAAUCUCCUCGUGCCCAGGCUACAUCUCGCCUCUCCACAGCUUCCUGUCCAACACCAAAAGUCCAGUCCAGGUGCAGCAGCAAGGAGAAUAUUCUCAGAGCCAGUCACAGUGCUGUUGAUAUAACCAAAGUGGCAAGAAGACAUCGCAUGUCUCCAUUCCCACUAACAUCUAUGGAUAAAGCUUUCAUCACGGUCCUAGAGAUGACACCGGUGCUCGGAACAGAAAUCAUCAACUACCGAGAUGGGAUGGGAAGAGUUCUUGCUCAAGAUGUAUAUGCAAAAGACAACCUACCCCCCUUCCCAGCAUCAGUAAAAGAUGGCUAUGCUGUCCGAGCUGCUGAUGGCCCAGGAGACCGUUUCAUCAUUGGGGAAUCCCAAGCUGGUGAACAGCCCACUCAGACAGUGAUGCCAGGACAAGUUAUGCGGGUCACAACAGGUGCUCCAAUCCCCUGUGGUGCUGAUGCAGUAGUACAAGUGGAAGAUACUGAACUCAUCAGGGAAUCCGAUGAUGGCACCGAAGAACUGGAGGUUCGGAUUCUAGUGCAAGCUCGGCCAGGCCAGGAUAUUAGACCCAUUGGCCAUGACAUUAAAAGAGGGGAAUGUGUAUUGGCCAAGGGAACCCACAUGGGCCCAUCAGAGAUUGGUCUCCUGGCAACUGUCGGUGUCACAGAAGUUGAAGUUAACAAGUUUCCAGUAGUUGCGGUCAUGUCAACAGGGAAUGAGUUGCUGAAUCCUGAAGAUGACCUCUUACCAGGAAAGAUUCGAGACAGCAAUCGUUCAACUCUCCUAGCAACAAUUCAGGAACAUGGCUACCCAACCAUCAACUUGGGAAUUGUAGGAGACAACCCAGAUGACUUACUCAAUGCCUUGAAUGAAGGUAUCAGUCGUGCGGAUGUCAUCAUCACAUCAGGGGGUGUAUCCAUGGGGGAAAAGGACUAUCUCAAGCAGGUGCUGGACAUUGAUCUUCAUGCACAGAUCCAUUUCGGCAGGGUUUUUAUGAAACCAGGCCUGCCAACAACAUUUGCAACCUUGGACAUUGAUGGUAUAAGAAAAAUAAUCUUUGCACUACCAGGAAAUCCUGUGUCAGCUGUGGUCACCUGCAAUCUCUUUGUUGUCCCAGCACUAAGGAAGAUGCAGGGAAUCCUGGAUCCUCGACCAACAAUUAUCAAAGCCAGGUUAUCAUGUGAUGUGAAAUUGGAUCCUCGCCCAGAAUACCAUCGGUGUAUACUGACUUGGCAUCACCAAGAACCACUGCCUUGGGCUCAGAGUACAGGGAAUCAGAUGAGUAGUCGUCUGAUGAGUAUGCGCAGUGCCAAUGGACUAUUGAUGCUACCUCCAAAAACUGAGCAGUAUGUGGAACUUCAUAAGGGCGAAGUGGUGGACGUCAUGGUCAUCGGAAGGCUAUGAUGGUCACCAGCGAGAACAAAGCUUUGAUGCAUGUCUACAUAUCAUUGACUGUAUCCUGUAAUAUGCAACGGCACAGCUAGUUUUUCUGAUUUGGAUAAAAGUUGAUCAGUAUAGUCAACACCUUGACCUAUAUUUCAAAUGAAUUUAAAUAAAUACCUUUUAAAAAAAACACCUAAAAAUAAAAUCUUAACAAAGAAAUUUCUUCUGAUUAUAUCAAAGCAACUUUUUCCUUUCUUGCAAUUGCUUUGUGUGUUCAAUGCUAGAUCUGAUAGCGGUAGCUUUUAGUAGACAGCAGUAGGUGCCUGCACAACUUGUGUUUUUCUCAUCUUUAAAAUACAACUACUUAUGCUCUUUAAACAAGGCUGUCUGCUUAUUUAUACUAGCUUAGGAAACACUUGGAUUUCCCUUCUUAGUAUGCUUCAUAACCACUUCACAGAGAGCUUUGGCUUGUUCUUUCUCUUGUAUCUCGUGUUUAUGUGCACAGUGCCAAAAGAAGACUGACUGUGUGGGGAUCUCGCUCUGCCUUGGGGUGCGCCACCCCCUUUGCAGCAGGGUCCAGAGGGAUUUUUCAUCCCAGCAGCCACCUGGCACAGUCCUCUUGGGCAGUAACUGGAUACUUUUAUUUGAACAAACAAAAAAAAAUUGCUUCCUUAAGUGCUGACAGCCUUUUUAACCAAUACAUUUAAAAAUGUACAGAACUAAAAAAUAUAAAGAAUCAAAGACUGAUCUUGUACAGAUAUUAGCGUUACCAGCAUUCAUGUGGAAAUUAAAUGAGAAGAGAAAUAAGAACCUAACGUUGAACAAUUCUGUACCAUAACAUUUUCUGUAAUGAUAUUAAAACUUAAUGAAUAAAAAAAUCCUUGAUCAUUAUUUAAAAUUUCA